AUGAAUGUUGUUACGGUGGCACAGCAGUACAUUUCGGAAAUGGUACGCUUGGCCGGGCCUGGCAUGAAAGUGCUGAUGAUGGACAAAUUUACGACCAGCGCCGUUUCAUGUGUUUAUACACAAAGCGAUGUCAUGCAGAAGGAAGUGUAUUUGUUCGAACGGCUUGAUUCAGGAGCUCUACGAGAACCAAUCAAACACCUCAAAUGUGUAGCAUUCUUGCAGCCAACUAUUGAAAAUGUGCGUUUACUGGCCGAGGAACUACGAUCGCCAAGAUAUGGGCAAUAUUACAUAUGUACGUAG